CUUUUUUUUUCUUUUUUUUCUUUUCUCAUCGCCUUCCGCUGUCUCCUAUCUUUUUCUUGGUUCCUCAUUCCACUUACGAUCUCUGUUCAUUCGUUUGUUCAUUUCGACAUGUCGUUUAACAUGGACCUAGAAACGGUCCAGCAGUUUGUGCUGGGUCAGCAUCCCACAUGGGAGGUUCUCAACAACACAGAAACGGGCGCAAAGAUAUUGGUCUAUCAUCAAGAGAAGCCACUUGUGAUCCCACUCUUGAUCCUCUUGCCCUUCUUACUCAUUGCUCUCUUCCGCAUGUAUACAAACUCACCCGUGGUCCUAUCCUACAACAAGAAGCCUGUUUCGAUCAACCUUUAUGAUCCAAAAACAGGCAAGAUGUAUCAAGAAAAUUAUAUCGAUUACAUCAAGCGCAAGUGUCCCUCACUUGUCGACCGUUCCAAGGGCGCUGUUUUCAAGCCCACACUCUGGAUGACCAGUGGACAUCUUCAGACUGCUUAUGCUGCUUACAUUAAUUUCACGACUCGCUACCUCAUCGAUUACCAAAGGGAGCUGCUGUCAACCCCGGAUGGGGGAACGGUAUCAAUCGACUGGGCACCUUCAUUUGAAAAGAAGCCUGUAGAUGAUACGCCAACAUUGGUGAUUUUGCAUGGCCUCACAGGAGGAAGCUACGAGUCAUAUAUCCGGUCCUUAAUUGAAGUCUUGACACAAGAGCAUGGCUACCGCUGUGUGGUCUUCAAUGCUCGUGCUUGUGCUGAUACAGACCUGACCUCUGCUCAACUUUACUGUGGCUCCUGGACAGAUGAUCUUCGAAUGGUUGUCAAGCAUAUCCGCAAAACUCUCCCCGAGGCUAAACUCAUGAGUAUUGGUUUCAGUUUAGGAUCAAACAUUCUGAUGAAUUACAUGGGUGAGGAAGGAGAUCAAUGCGAGUUUAUGGGAGCCAUCUCUGUUGGCAAUCCUUAUGAUUUGAUGGGAACAUGCUACAACAUGGAGCGCGGAUUCUUGGGGCACAACCUUUACUCACCAGCAAUGGGAGGCAACUUGAAGAGAAUCUUUUUCAAACAUGCGAAGAUGUUUGAAAAUACAGAUAUUGAUAUCGAAGAUGUUCGACGUGGUGUUACAAUCCGUGACUUUGAUGACCGAGUCACCCGCAAGAUUUUCAAGUACAGAACUGUUCACGAGUAUUAUCGAAUGGCCUCAUGCUGUCAGCGUAUCUUGGAUAUCAAAAGACCCUUCCUUUGCCUCAGUGCCUUGGAUGAUCCUAUUGCUAUAGCGGAAUGUAUUCCCCGUGAUGAAAUUAAAGGAAAUCCUUUCGGAUUGUUGGUGACCACAGCCCGUGGCGGACACUUGGGCUGGUUCGAAGGCUUCUUCAGUCAAGAUCGCUGGUGCACGAAGCCUUUGUCCGAAUACUGUAUAGCUAUGUUCGAGGCUGACCCUAGACCUGUCUCGGAUUCUCCUUCCAUUAAAUCGCUCUAUGCCAAUAUUGGCGCUCAGGAGGAUGAUUUGGCCAACCAGAGCCAUACUGUCCGUGAUCUCUCUACAGCUGGAGGCGCCACAAUUAAGCCUGUCAGGUCUCUCUAGAAGCAGUCGUUAGAAACUAGCCUAUUUCUUUCUUAUUAGAUUUCAAUAUAUAUUUGUGCGACCCUUCGCCUUAUUCUUUAUGGC